AUCUCAGAAACGACGCCUCUCAUCAGCGGCAGCAAGUCCGCCGACGCCGAAGAUGGCCGCCCUCCGCCCGGCAAGCCGCUGCCCAAGAUGCAGGUCUUCCUGCUCUGCUUCGCAAAGGCCAUGGAGCCCAUUGCCUUCUUCGCAAUCUUCCCCUUCAUCGCGCAAAUGGUCCAGCGCAACGGCAACCUGCCCGAGUCGGACGUCGGCUUCUACAGCGGCCUGAUUGAGAGCCUCUUCUCCGCGACGCAAAUGGUCGUGCUGUACUUUUGGGGCUACCUGGCCGACACCGUGGGCCGCAAGCCCGUGCUGCUGUGGUCGCUCGUGGGCAUGGCCGUGGCCACCUUCUUCUUCACCGUGUCGACGUCCAUCUGGCAGAUGAUUGUGUUCCGGUGCGUGGCCGGCGUGUUUUCCGGCUCUGGGCUGGUGAUCCGCACGAUGCUGUCGGACCACACGACGGCGGAGACGCAGGCCGUGGCGUUUAGCUGGUUCGCCUUUGCCAACAACGUGGGCAUCUUCCUGGGGCCCAUUAUCGGCGGCGCGCUGGCCGACCCGGCGGAGCAGUUCCCGGGCGUCUUUGGGGGCAUCAAGCUGCUGGAGGACUAUCCCUACAUCCUGGCCGGCGCGGCCAUCACCGCCUGCAGCGUCGUCAGCAUCGUCCUGUCGGUGCUCUAUCUCGAGGAGACGCUCGAGCCCGAGUCAAGCACCACCACCGCUGGAGUCGCGGCGCCGGCUCGCCCCCAGCGCCUGUCCACGUUUGAGCUCCUCAAGGCCCCCGGCGUCGGCAUCGUCAUCUGGGUCUAUACCCAUGUCAUGUUCCUCGCCUUUGCCUUCACCGCCAUCCUGCCCGUGCUGCUCUUCACGCCCGUCGACCUCGGCGGCGUCGCCUUCUCGCCCUUCCGCAUCUCCGUCUGGAUGGCCAUCCAGGGCGCCAGCCAGGCCACCUGGCUCAUUGUCGCCUUCCCCAUGCUGCAGCGCCGCCUCGGCACAAAGGGCUCGCUGUCCGCCUGCGUCGCCGUCUACCCGCUCUUCUUCGCCGGCUACGUCGUCAUGAACAUGCUCCUGCGCGUUGGCACCGAGUCCUCCGUUGCCAUCUUCUACGUCGUGGCCUUUAUCGUUGCCUUUAUCGGACCCGGUGUGUCCAUGGCCUUUACGGCCGUCCAGCUCGCCCUGAACGAUGUUUCUCCCAACCCGCACGUCAUGGGCACUCUCAACGCCCUGGCCAUGACCGCCGCUAGUGCCAUCCGGUCGUUUGUGCCUGGCGUUUCGACGGCGAUAUUCGCCAUUGGCGUGCGGAACCAGAUCCUCUGGGGCCACCUAGUGUGGGCGGUUCUCAUUCCCAUUGCCAUGUCUCUGUCUAUAUUCGUGAGAUGGCUGCCAGAGGAUAAGCAGUCGCAUAAGCUUCCCCAGAACGAAGAUGAAGAGUAGAAAAUAAAAUAUGG